CGGCGCUAGCACCUCGGAGGAGGGCGGCGGAGCGAGCGGAGCGCGGCGCUGCGACCCGGACUGGGGGUGGGGAGACGAGCCCCGCCGAGGCGAGGGCCACCCCCGGUCCUCUGCCCUCGCGCGCUGCCAGGGCCAGGUACAAAAAAGCUUUAAACAAGUAAAAUCUAGGCAACAGGCUCCCUGAAGUGUUGACAGCCCAACUUAAUCAUGAACGUGAUUCAAAAAUGUUAAUAAAUAAACCAAGUGUAGACCAUGGGGAAUUCAUAUGCUGGGCAACUGAAAUCUGCUCGAUUUGAAGAAGCUCUCCACAACUCCAUAGAAGCCUCUCUCAGAUGUAGUAGUGUGGUACCACGACCAAUUUUUUCCCAGCUUUACUUGGACCCUGACCAGCAUCCUUUCUCAUCUGCAGAUGUAAAACCCAAGGUGGAGGAUCUGGAUAAAGAUUUGGUACACCGCUACACUCAAAAUGGAAGCCUGGAUUUUUCUAACAAUCUAACAGUAAAUGAAAUGGAAGAUGACGAAGAUGAUGAAGAAAUGUCUGAUUCUAAUAGCCCACCAAUUCCCUAUUCACAAAAACCUGCCCCCGAAGGGUCUUGCACUACAGAUGGUUUUUGUCAAGCAGGAAAGGAUUUGCGUUUGGUAUCUCUGUGUAUGGAACAAAUCGACAUCCCAGCAGGAUUCCUCCUGGUGGGGGCCAAGUCUCCCAAUCUUCCUGAACACAUCCUAGUGUGUGCUGUAGACAAGCGAUUUCUACCAGAUGAUCAUGGAAAAAAUGCACUUUUAGGGUUUUCUGGAAACUGUAUCGGCUGUGGAGAAAGAGGAUUUCGGUAUUUCACGGAAUUUUCCAACCACAUAAACUUGAAGCUCACCACCCAGCCAAAGAAGCAGAAGCACUUAAAGUACUACCUAGUCAGAAGCUCCCAGGGUGUACUGUCGAAGGGACCUCUUAUCUGCUGGAAAGAAUGUAGAAGCCGACAAUCCUCUACCAUUUGCCACUCUAUUAAACCAAACUCUUCAGUGUUAUCAACCGUGGCCCCAGAAAAUGGCACAACUAAUGGAUACAAAUCAGGAUUCAUUCAGACAGAUUCGCCGGUUCUCAGUCCAGCUAAUUCUGCAAUCAAUUUAAGUGGAGCUCAGGACCUGACCUGGAAUAAGAAUGUUGUGAAGCCACUGGCUUUAUCUUUGCAGGUUGUAGGGAAGACUUUUGCUGCAGAUGCUGCUAAUGGAAACAGUAGCCAUGGAGGAAAGAGCAGUGCAUCUAGCUCCACUCCAGCCCGCCCAGGGAAUUACUCUUUGUCACCAAGACCUAGCUUUGCCUCAGGAGACCAAGCUACCAUGUUCAUUUCUGGACCACCAAAGAAACGACACCGAGGAUGGUAUCCUGGGUCACCUGUCCCCCAAUCUGGUUUAGUUGUACCUAUUCCUGCAGUUCGCCCUCUUUCAAGAACUGAGUCCCUUUUAUCUGCCCCAGUUCCACAGACCCCAUUAACUGGAAUUUUACAACCUCGACCCAUUCCUGCAGGGGAAACUGUAAUUGUUCCUGAAAAUCUGCUGAGUAACUCAGGAGUUAGACCAGUAAUCCUGAUAGGCUAUGGCACUUUACCCUAUUUCUAUGGAAAUGUUGGUGACAUUGUUGUGAGUCCUCUGCUGGUGAAUUGCUACAAGAUUCCACAGUUGGAAAACAAAGAUUUGGAACAGUUAGGUUUGACUGGCAGCCAGCUCCUGAGUGUGGAAAACAUGAUUCUUCUGACAAUACAGUAUCUCGUGCGGCUGGGUCCUGAUCAGAUACCUCUCAGGGAAGAAUUUGAGCAAAUUAUGCUGAAAGCUAUGCAGGAAUUUACUCUGAGAGAGAGAGCCCUGCAGAUGGGUGGUCAGUGCACGCCUGUGUCACCAGGACAACUCCCCUGGCUGGCUAGGUUAAUUGCCAGCGUAUCUCAAGACUUGGUUCAUGUGAUUGUGACCCAGAACUCCUUGGCAGAGGGCAUUUCAGAGACAUUGAGGACUCUCAGUGAAAUGAGACACUAUCAAAAACUACCAGAUUAUGUUGUGACAAUUUGUGCAUCGAAAAUCAGAGGAAAUGAGUUUUGUGUGGUAGUAUUAGGUCAGCAUCAGUCCAGAGCUCUGGCAGAGAGCAUGCUCACCACAAGUGAGUUUUUGAAAGAAAUUAGUUAUGAGCUCAUCACAGGAAAGGUCAGUUUCCUGGCAUCGCAUUUCAAAACCACAUCAUUAGGUGAUGACCUAGACAAGCUGCUAGAAAAAAUGCAACAGAGAAGAGGAGAUAGUGUGGUGACCCCUUUCAAUGGAGACCUUAAUGAAUGUGUGUCACCUCAGGAGGCUGCUGCUAUGAUCCCCACGCAGAACCUGGAUCUAGAUAAUGAACCCUUCCAGAUUUAUCAACCGCAGCUUACAGUUGCCAGAAAACUCUUGUCCCAGGUGUGUGCCAUAGCAGACAGCGGCAGCCAGAGCCUGGACCUCGGCCACUUCAGCAAAGUGGACUUCAUCGUCAUUGUCCCAAGAUCAGAGGUUCUGGUCCAGCAAACUCUUCAACGGAUUCGACAAUCAGGUGUCCUUGUAGACUUGGGUCUGGAGGAAAAUGGGACAGCCUAUCAGAGAGCAGAGAAAUAUGUUGUUCGUCUAGACAAUGAGAUUCAAACCAAGUUUGAAGUUUUUAUGAGAAAGGUGAAACAGAACCCGUACACACUGUUUGUGCUAGUUCAUGACAACUCCCAUGUGGAACUAACGAGUGUCAUUUCGGGCUCUUUGUCACAUGGUGAACCUGGCCAUGGAUUGGCUGACAGAGUCAUUAACUGCAGAGAGGUUCUGGAAGCUUUCAACCUCCUUGUGCUCCAGGUCACCUCCUGCCCAUACACUCUGCAGACCCAACAGUCCCGAAUCAGCGCCAACAACGAGGUUCACUGGAUACAGCUGGACAGCACAGAGGACAUGAGCUGCAAGGAGAAGCUGUACUUCGGCAUGAAUGAGUACAGUAAAUCUCUUCAGUGGGGAAUCACGAGCCCACUUCUGAGAUGUGAUGAGACUUUUGAAAAGAUGGUGAACACACUCUUGGAGAGGUACCCCAGGCUGCACAGCAUGGUCGUCCGCUGCUACCUCCUCAUCCAGCAGUACUCGGAGGCUCUGAUGGCUCUCACCACCAUGGCGUCCCUCCGAGACCACAGCACGCCGGAAACACUCAGCAUUGUGGAUGAGCUCCUCAGCUGCCCAGGAAAAAACAAAAGUGGGAGGGGACACAUGCUCAUUCUCAGGGUGCCCUCCGUGCAGCUGGCGAUGCUGGCCAAGGAGCGGCUGCAGGAGGUGCGCGACAAGCUGGGGCUGCAGUACCGCUUCGAGAUCAUCCUCGGGAACCCCGCCUCUGAACUCAGUGUCGCAGCCCACUUUGUGGCGCGAUUAAAGACUUGGAGAGGAAAUGAAGCAGAAGAGUGGACCCCUCGGACGUACCAAGAUCUAGAAGGUCUGCCUUGUAUUGUGAUAUUAACUGGCAAAGAUCCCCUUGGAGAAACCUUUCCCAGGUCUUUGAAGUACUGUGACCUCCGGUUAAUUGAUUCAAGCUAUUUAACUCGCACGGCCUUAGAGCAGGAGGUGGGUCUGGCGUGCUGCUACGUCUCAAAAGAGGUCAUCCGGGGGCCCACUGCUGCCCUGGACCUUAGUGGCAAGGAGCAAGAGAGAGCCGCCGUCGGCGAGAACGGUGCCGAGGAGCUGCUCAUGGACCUGGAGAGGCCCCAGAGCAAUAGCAGUGCCGUCACUGGAACCUCAGGCUCCAUCAUGGAGAACGGGGUGAGCUCGUCCAGCACCGCCGACAAGUCCCAGAAGCAGCCCCUGACCCCCAGCUUCCGGAGCCCGGCCAACAGCGUGGGACUGGACGAAGGGGUCUCGGCGGGCCUGGCGGGAGUCGGAGAGACCCUGAAGCAGGAGUGUGACUCCCUGGGCCCCCAGAUGGCGAGCAGCACCACCUCCAAGCCGUCGUCGUUCUCAUCGGGGCCCGGGGCGCCGCGGUGGCCGGGACAGCCGGGGCCGGGCUUCCGGGGCGCGCACGCCGCGCUGCCCCCGGUCGUGAUCCUGUCCAAGGCGGCCUACAGCCUCCUGGGCUCGCGGCGGGGCGGCAAGCUGCCGGCGUCCGCGGCCCUGCUGCCGCACCCCGACGUGGCCUGGGCCAGCCCCCUGCGGCCGCUGCUGCCCGGGCACGCGAGCGCCGAGGAGCAGUCCCUCUACUACCGCCGCUGGACCGCGGCGCGGCCGCACCACGCCGACCACGGCAACCAGGCCGACCCCGCCUCGGGCGCGCGGCCCUGCCAUCCCCGCCGCCUGCUGCUGACUGGGCCCCCGCAGGUGGGGAAGACUGGCUCCUACUUGCAGUUCCUGAGGAUCCUCUUCCGUAUGCUUAUCAGGCUCCUGGAGGUGGACGUGUACGACGAGGCAGAGAUCAACACCGAUCACAGCGAAAGCAGUGAAGUGAGCCAGUCAGAGGGAGAGCCCUGGCCUGACAUCGAGAGCUUCAGUAAAAUGCCCUUUGACGUCAGUGUGCAUGACCCCAAGUACAGUUUGAUGAGCCUGGUAUACACUGAAAAGCUGGCAGGGGUCAAACAAGAAGCAAUAAAGGAAUCCAAAGUUGAGGAGCCCCGGAAACGAGAAGCCGUGUCCAUGAUGCUGACCAAGUACGCGGCCUACAACACCUUCCACCACUGCGAGCAGUGCCACCAGUACAUGGACUUCACCUCUGCCUCCCAGAUGUCCGACUCCACCCUUCACGCCUUCACGUUCUCUUCCUCUAUGCUGGGAGAAGAGGUGCAGCUCUAUUUCAUCAUUCCCAAAUCCAAAGAGAGUCAUUUCAUCUUCAGCAAGCAGGGCAAACACCUGGAGAGCAUGCGGCUGCCCCUGGUUUCAGACAAGAAUUUGAAUGCGGUCAAGAGCCCUAUUUUCACUCCUUCCAGUGGUCGCCACGAGCACGGACUCCUAAACCUCUUUCACGCCAUGGAGGGCAUCAGCCACCUGCACCUACUGGUGGUUAAGGAAUAUGAGAUGCCGCUGUACCGCAAGUACUGGCCCAACCACAUCAUGCUGGUGCUUCCUGGCAUGUUCAAUAAUGCAGGCGUGGGUGCUGCCAGGUUUCUUAUUAAGGAGCUGUCAUAUCACAACCUGGAGCUGGAGAGGAACCGCCUGGAAGAGCUGGGAGUUAAACGCCAGUGUGUCUGGCCUUUCAUCGUUGUAAUGGAUGACUCGUGUGUCCUAUGGAACAUUCACAGUGUUCAGGAGCAGAGCAGCCAGCCCAUGGAAACAGGAGUUUCCAGUAAGAAUGUGUCCUUGAAGAGUGUCUUGCAGCAUAUUGAAGCAACACCGAAAAUCAUCCACUACGCAAUCCUGGGCAUACAGAAAUGGAGCAGCAAGCUGACUUCUCAGAGCCUGAAGGCCCCGUUCUCUAGAUGCCACGUGCACGACUUCAUUCUCCUCAACAUAGACUUGACUCAGAAUGUGCAGUAUGACUUCAACAGGUAUUUCUGUGAAGACGUUGACUUUAACCUGAGAACGAACAGUAGUGGCCUGCUCAUCUGCCGCUUUAAUAACUUCAGUCUCAUGAAGAAACAUGUUCAGGUUGGAGGGCAAAGGGACUUUAUCAUUAAACCAAAGAUCAUGGUGUCAGAGAGCUUAGCACCCAUCUUGCCCCUUCAGUAUGUCUGUGCUCCCGACAGCGAACACACAUUACUGGCAGCCCCUGCACAGUUUCUCCUGGAGAAGUUCCUUCAGCAUGCCUCAUACAAACUCUUCCCCAAAGCUAUCCAUAACUUCAAGAGUCCCGUGUUGGCCAUCGACUGCUACCUUAACAUUGGACCAGAGGUGGCCAUAUGCUACGUCAGCUCCAGACCCCACUCCAGCAAUGUCAACUGUGAAGGGGUGUGUUUCAGUGGACUCCUCUUGUACCUCUGUGACUCUUUUGUAGGUGCUGAUCUUCUUAAGAAAUUUAAGUUUCUAAAAGGUGCUACUCUGUGUGUCAUCUGCCAAGACCGAAGUUCCUUACGCCAGACGAUUGUGCGCUUAGAGCUAGAGGACGAGUGGCAGUUCCGCCUCCGAGACGAGUUUCAAACUGCUAACAGCGCCGAUGACAAGCCCCUCUACUUUCUUACCGGACGUCACGUAUGAGCUUUGGAAGAGACCAAAACCAGCAAAGGGAUGCCUAGGUGGGGUGGGAUAGUAACGAUUAAGGAUGCUUUUUUCCUUUAAAGUACAAUCACUGUGGAGCCAAGUGCAACAUAUUUGUCUCUUCUCCAAAGAACCCCCCAAAUCUGACCUAGAUCCCUGGGGGGCAUCACUCUCCUUCAGUUCCAAUUUCAGGACUUAAAUUCAGGUUAACUCCACCCUAGGUAGUUAUGCAAUUACUUAAGACGUGGUCUGCCUACGGGGGGGCUGAGGAGGAUUAUGCUUUGGAGAGGCCACAGGGAGUCUGCAUUGUUUUUUUACUAUGCUGUG